AUGGGAAUGGCCACUUCGAUGGGAGCAUCGGGGCCUCCAAGUGAGAAUCUGAGGGAGAUCAUCUUCACCUACAAUUGGGACACGACCGUGGAAGGAAUUCCCAUGCCAUACGUUCUCAGCUUGUGGAAAAUUCAGAGAAGGUCUCCUCUUGCGAGAUUCCACCGGCCGAUCGUCACGUUGGCGCUCCUCACCGUCGUCGUCGCCAAUUUGGCGGUCGAGGUAUCGUUCUACCUCAACAUCUUCGGCCUCCUGGCCCUACCCGUGGCCAAUUUGGCGGACGAGAACGACUCCCUUACUGCCGGCAAUGCGACGGCCCCUGUUGAGGAGAUGGAAUUUCCCAUGACCCACAAUGGUGGCGAAGGGAGAUGGGAGAGAUGCAGGGGAUGGAGGUGAUGGAAGAAUAGGAAGAACAGGAGGAAGCAUCCUCCUUCGAACGUCGAAGACACCACCGAUGGGGUUGCAAUGAAAUGAAUGGAGGAGGGGAAUCGCAGCCUAGAACUUGGAGGAGGAAGCCUCCACCUUCGAAGAAACCUCCGAGGAUGAUUCUAGAGACUCACCUGGAGGAGGAAGCCUCGGGCGAUGAUCAGGAGAUGAGAAGACGAGAAGACGAGAAGACGAGAAGGACUUGAUGAUGAUUGAAUGAAUGGGAAGACGAGAUAAUGGGAAGAUGAGAAGAUGUAUGAUGAAUGAUGAAUGAUGAAUGAUGAAUGAAUGGGAAGAGGAGCAAGCAGAUGAGGACGAUGGAGGGGAGGAAGGGGAACAGGAUGGUGAGCACGAGGAGGAGGAGGAAGUUCACUUACUGUAUGAGGCUAUGCAUAUUGGAUUGAGUGGC